CACCUGAUUGGUCAGGGAAUACAUUGACGGACACAGGGUACAAAUAAAAGUCCCUCCACCACUGUUCUCCUCCGAUUGUCUCCUGCUCUAGCAACACAGAUCUCAUACUCAUAGAUUUUCCAGUUUGCCACCAUGAGUCCCAAGAACGUAAUCUUCAAGAAGAUGGCCAAGGACAAGUCGGUCGGAGUAUACAUGGCGAAGAGGGACUUUGUGGAUCGUGUGGACUCUGUCGAGCCAGUGGAUGGUGUCAUACUGGUUGACCCUGAGGUCCUCAAAGGAAAAAAAGCAUUCGUCCAGCUGUCCUGCACGUUCCGGUACGGUCGUGAAGAUAUGGACGUGAUGGGAAUUGCCUUCCGUAGGGAGAUCUACAUAGCCAUCCGUCAGGUGUAUCCACCCAUACAGGACAGGGACCAGUCCACACACACCAAGAUGCAGGGCAAACUGCUGCGCAAACUGGGAGACAAUGCCUUCCCUUUCUUUUUCGAGUUCCCUGAUAACCUGCCUUGUUCAGUGGGUUUGCAGCCUGGCCCUAAUGAUUCUGGGAAGCAAUGUGUCGUGGAGUUUGAGGUCAAAGCCUUCAGUGCGGAGAGCCAGGAGGCCAAAGUUCGCAAACGGAGUACCGUGCAUCUGAUGAUCCGGAAGCUGCAGUAUGCCCCGGAGAAUAGCGGGACGGCCCCUUCUGUGAAGACCACCCGUGAGUUUGUCAUGUCCGACAAGCCCCUGCACCUGGAGGCGAGUCUUGACAAGGAGAUCUACUACCAUGGAGAGCCCAUUAAUGUGUGUGUCAACGUCACAAACAGCUCCAACAAGAAUGUGAAGAACAUCAUCGUCUCUGUGGACCAGGUGGCCACUGUGGUGUUGUAUUCCAAUGACAGCUACGUGAGGGCAGUGGCCUUAGAGGAAUCUGGGGAUGCUGUUGCUGCUGGUGCAAGCCUGAAGAAAGUGUACACCCUCACUCCCCUAUUGGUCUGCAACCGGGAGAGGCGGGGCAUAGCUCUCGAUGGCAAGUUGAAGCAUGAAGACACUAAUCUGGCAUCGUCUAGCAUUGUUAAAGAAGGUGUGCUGAAGGAGGUUCUAGGAAUCCUGGUGUCAUACAGAGUCAUGGUUAAGCUCAUCAUCGGCGGAAUAUUGGGAUCUAGUGAGGUGGGAGUAGAGCUGCCACUCAAACUGAUGCACCCAAAACCUGACCUAGUGAGGGAAAGCGAGCUGGAAGAGGAGAUGGUGUUUGAGGAGUUCAAGCGCUCCUACAUGAAGGGGGUGGCCGACGAUGAAGAGGAGGGCAACGUGUCUACAGGAGACGCCGCUUCCUGAGCAGGGCCCCUCGUCGCUGGCCAGGCAGCCUCUGUAGUUUAGAACAUUGCUGGUGGAUGAUUUAUAGUUUAUUCACAAAGCUUAGGGGGUCUGUAUUUCAGCCUCACCAUCAGUAGACUCUUUCAGCUUUGUAAUCGGCAGGAUUUCACUCACUGUCUUAUGGUCACCGUGAGCACAGGGUAAUGUAACAUCCAUCCCUGUCUUUAAUAAAGAGUUUUGCAGCCAUGUUGUGAGGUGAAUGGUGGCCAUUUUGAGUCAUGUAAAAGAUGCUCUGUUACAUUGACUAUUAUUAGCGUUAUCUAGUAGAUAAAAGUGUAGUGCACUAGAUAACUGGGCAUAUAUUUGUGCUUGCAGUGAAGACCAACUGUCUUGUACUUGCGUUAUGGUAUUAAAAGCUAGAGAUGUUCUCACAAAAGC